UCCCUGAUGGAUGCUCAGAACCUGCGGAUCGAGGAGCUUCUGCAGAAAAUCAAGCAGCAGCAGUACAAGCUGGACAAGCAGAACCUGCAGAUUAAAAGCCUGCAGAGCAAGGUCAAUCUGCUAAUUCCCCUACACCACAACAAAACACAGCCUCCAAAGUGGAAGAUAAACCUGAAGAAAAGCCUCAACCUCACCAACCAGAGUCAGAAUGGCAGUGGGGAGCCCGUGCAGACACAGAAGCUCCCAGAGGGUUGCCACCAGCUCUUCCUGGCUGGGCAGCGAAGCAGUGGCGUUUUCCAGGUACAGCCCACAGGCUCUCAGCCCUUCAAAGUCUACUGUGACAUGACUGCAGAGGGUGGCUGGACAGUGAUCCAGAGGCGCCUGGAUGGCUCUGUGGACUUUGACCAGCUGUGGGAUGCCUACAAGAAUGGCUUUGGAGACCUUCGUGGUGACUUCUGGCUGGGCCUGGAGAAGAUACAUCACCUUGUCCAAGAGGGAAAGUACAAUCUCCUUAUUGAGCUGGAAGACUGGGAGGGGAAUUCCCAGGUGGUUCAAUUUGUCUUCAGUCUGGGUGGUGAGAGCACAGCCUACACACUCAACCUGCUGGGGCCUCUGUCUGGAGAGCUGGAAAACGCCAUUGGGGAAUUCAGGCAGCUGCCCUUCUCCACUCGGGACCGUGACCAUGACCUUAAAGCUGACACAAACUGUGCCAAACACCUCUCAGGUGGCUGGUGGUUCAGCACCUGUGGCCAUGCCAACCUCAAUGGGAAGUAUUUCCGCUCCAUCCCACGGCAGAGGCACGAGCGCAAGCAGGGCAUCUUCUGGAAGACAUGGAAGGGCAGGUACUACCCCCUGAAGUCAACCAUCAUGAAAAUCCAACCUGCAGCACUGGAAACAGAGCCCUAAAGUUCCUACUUGAGACUUUCUCUGUGGAGCAUGGACCUGAGCUCCAUCAGUGUUUACAGAAAACAACCUCCCCUUCCUUGGUUAGAAGCCCUUUAGAGGCACAACACUGCUCCUCACUAAAAGUAAAACAGCUCCACAUUGCCAGAAUCUCUGGAUGGGAGUUCCCAAACCCGAAGAGGAGCCCCAGGAGGGAGAUCCACCUCCAGAGCAUGCACAAGGGUUUUCUGACCUGCCAUGUGCUGCUGCAGCAAGUUCAAAUUGUCCGGUGCUUUGUAUCCUGUCUUAACAUUUCUGUACUGUGUUGAUGAGCUGGGCCUGGGGCAGGAGGGGCACAGGAAGUGUCUCACUGCUCUGGACCACAGCACUGGGUAUGGAGUCUUGCUAUGUCCUGUCUUUCACUGUUGUUCCCCAAUGAUGUCCCAGGUACCCCCUGUGAGAGCCCCUGGAGCUCCUUCCUGUGCAGGGGCUGGGGGCAGUGAGCUCAGGCAGCUCCAUCUGUGCAGCCCCUGCCCCCUGAGGUGCAGGGCUCGGUGGGAAAGCUGACAGUGACCUGUGCAGAAGGGGAGACCUCCGGCUCACUUGCCUUCCCUUUGAAGACCUGUAUUUCUGGCUGUGCUGGAAUUUGCUGGGAGCUGGGAAAACUGCUUCCAGCUCUGAGCCUGUUGGGUGAGAUCCUGCAGCUGGUUGCCUGAGGGGCCAGGUCCUGGGCAGCUCUGCCUGCCAGUGCUGCUGGGGGUGGGUAGGACAGCAGUGGGACAGCACAGACCCAGAGCAGUGGCUGUCCCUGGGGGCACCAGCCUUGCUGGCACUGUCAGCGCCCCAGAAGGAGGGGCUGCCCUCUUCCACCGGACACCUCACAGACUGGACCUGUCCUGCAUGUGUAUCCCAGUACUACAAAGCCAGGGGACAGCAGGGUUUCUCUGCAAGAGCCACACUUCAUUAGCUGUGUACUAUGGUGUAUGGCAUCACCUCUGCCUUUGGGGUGGGUGUCUGGGGAGAGGUGGCCAAAACAGGUCCCUGAAAACUUACAGGCUAAGCUACAGUCUUGGGGCUUCCCAAGCAUCCUGCCCUAUUGAAGUCAUAUUGACUACUGUGCUAGAGCUCCUAGCUGCUAAAUACUGUACAUAGUUGUUUGUAGGAUGUUGGACUCGUUGAUGAAUUCUCUGUUUCAAUUUGUUUUGAUAUUUAAAUGCAGUGUUAAUAACAAUGUGGUGUAAUUUAUAAAUGUUGAUGCUGGAAAGGAAAGCAAGUGUAGUUUGUGUAUUUUAAACAUUUUUUGUACUAAAAUAUCUUUUCUCAAGAUGUCUUUUAAUAAAAACAAGCCUUUAA